UGAAGGUGACUUCACAACCAGAUAUGGAUUAGCUUGGCUCGCUUUUAAAUGGCCAGGAGCAAGCACAGGAUACUGCACAGGAGUAUUGAAUUUGAUCAGGUGGACAGAGAAAGCAACUGGGAUGAUCAGAUACUCUUGAGUGGCAUUGUUCUGUACUUGUCUAAGAUGGUCGUCCCUGGAGCUACAAACGUGCCUUUAUGGAGAACUGACGGUGUGGUUUUCAUAAUACUCCUUCACGUGGGUCCGGUGGAGUUGCUGUAUUACUGGGCACACAGAGCAUUGCACCAUCAUUUUCUGUACUCUCGCUACCACUCCCACCACCAUUCCUCUGUCGUCACCGAGCCCAUCACAGCUGUGAUUCAUCCGUUUGCAGAAAUGGUUUUUUACUUCAUGCUCUUCACAAUCCCUCAGCUGACCGCGGCACUUAUGGGGACGGCUUCCAUCUCAGCCAUCGCUGGGUAUUUCACGUACAUUGAUUUCAUGAACAACAUGGGCCAUUGCAACUUCGAGCUGGUCCCCAAGUUACUCUUCUCGAUGUGUCCACCUCUCAAGUACCUCAUGUACACGCCCUCGUUUCAUUCGCUUCACCACACGCAAUUCCGGACCAACUACUGCCUCUUCAUGCCUUUCUAUGACUAUAUAUAUGGCACCAUGGACAAAUCGUCAGAUGCACUCUAUGAAGCUUCACUCAAAGGAACGAAGGAGGCUCCACAUGUGGUCCAUCUCACCCAUCCAACUACCCUCUAUUCCAUUUACCAUCUACGGCUAGGAAUUGCUUCGCUGGCUUCUAAACCAUAUGCUUUCCAACUGUACUAUUCAUGGAUGCUGUGGCCCAUUUCAUCGGGGUUCAUGUUGCUGACGUGGAUAUUUGGUUCCACCUUUACGGUUGAAUGGAACAGGUUGCAUAAGCUAACAAUGCAAACAUGGGCAAUUCCAAGAUACAGUUUCCAAUAUUUAUUAUCAUGUCAAAGAGAUAUAAUCAAUAGCUUGAUUGAGAAGGCCAUACUAGAGGCGGAAGAGGCAGGGGUUAAAGUUAUCAGCUUAGGUCUUCUAAAUCAGGCAAGAUUAUGCAAACUGUUUACAUUUUGUAAUGUGGGCAUCCUUUCAUUUUCCUGUAAACUGACACAAAGUUUUCAUCUUUAGAGAGGGAAAAAAAAA